AUGCCAACCAUCACCAAUUUCUACACCAUCCAAGAUGCAUCCCGCCACAAAACCGAAGACGAUUGCUGGAUCAUUGUCGAUGGAAAGGUAUACGAUGUGACACAAUAUUUGGAAGAGCAUCCCGGUGGAGAUGAUGUAAUCCUCGCUGCAACCGGGAGAGAUGCAACCGAGGAUUUUGAAGAUGCUGGCCACAGCAAAAGUGCAAGAGAACUCAUGGAGAAAUAUUAUAUCGGUGAAUUUGACACAUCGUCUACAAUUUCAACCAAGAAAGGUUAUUACGAAAAGUUCACGACGCAGCUGCAGAAUAAGUCGUAUUUGGGUUUUUCCGUUGCUGUAGUUGGCAUCUCUGUGGUGAUUGGUUUGUUAUACUUACGGAAGAAGUAA